AUGAGACACCCUGUAUAUAUAUAUGUUCAAUGUUCUGCAUUGAACAUUGCUGAUCCGCUUUUGAUCAGCCGCAUAGAGGGCAAUCGAAUGGGACAUAGCGCUGUUUUUAUGUGUCCAGAAGGAUACAAAUUGGAGGGUGCGUUUGGUAUUACGUGCCAGUACAAUGGAAAAUGGUCGGCGCGUGUGCCACGUUGCGAAAAGAUCAAGUGUCCGGAAUUGGAUCCUCCGGAUAAUGCACUGAUCGAAUAUGAUAACAAUAAAACUUACGGCGGACAAGCCAUCUUCUCGUGCAUGUGGGGACAUAAGCUUUCGGGGUCGUACAGCAUGAAAUGCGACGGAAACGGCAGAUGGAAUGGAUCUAUGCCAACUUGUCUAGAGAUCACUUGUCCUGUACCAGAAACACCACGAAGUGGGCGUAUCGUUGAACAAACGAGAUAUUCCAAAAAGCAUUAUAGCGGCCGAAUGUACAAAGUUGGUGCGCUCGUAAGAUUCUCUUGUCUGCCAGGUCAUCAGUUGAUAGGAGAGGCCACCAUUAUCUGCACUGAGGAUGGUAUUUGGUCUCACCGUCCACCUUUAUGCAAGGUGAGAUGUCCCUAUCCGGGCGAUCCUCCACAUGGCCGAAUUGCACCACUCAAGUUUUGGUAUAAACCAGGAGACAAUAUACAGGUAACGUGUUCGCCUGGCUACGUGACACCUUUAGAACCGAUAAAGAAGCCAUCGUGCAGAGAAAAUGGUAUUUGGAGUGCGCCACCACCUCCUUGUCGGUCUUACAAGGAAGUGUGAAUGUGAAAGCAGCUUAUCGAGAAGUUACACCGAAGACAUGUUUUGUCAUCGUGUCAUUUUAUUAUAUAACGGAGACACUCAAUAUUUAUUACGGGUAGCGGACAUGCAUGAAUAAGAUCUAUAAGAACGAGAACACUCGCAUGAACUACCAAUCGCUUGUUCCAAACGAUAGACAUGCAUAUGAAAAGUUAUAAUGAUCUUAUCAAAUGAUGAGUAUAGUUACAGUCGCGAUUUAUCGAACCAACGAAUAAUCACAAAUAGAUAGGUCAUAGAAAACGUUUUAUGUUAAACAUAAACUACGGAACAUCAUAUGUUUUGUUUAUAUUAAUUCUCUUUUUCCAGAUAUACAACGAUUUUAAUAAAAAUA